UCUACAACUGUUGCAUGCCGUUGCUAUCUUCUAAAUCAAUAUCGUUUUAUCUAAAGCAUGCGGCAUUGGCACGAUGUAACGCUCAUGCGUGCAGGAAUCCUUCCCUAUAACCUUGGCAGGUUGAUAGUUGCUCCGAUCCGAAGGUCAAUUAGGCAUCAACACUAGAUCCAUAGUCUCUACAUUUCUCAGUUCAAGAGCAAGGGAAGAAAAAGCCUAUUAACAGACGUACUGGACAUUCAUCAUAGAAAGCCAUGUCGAGAGCUUAUUAUAAUCAGCUUUGUUGCGCCAUUUGCGAUGUGGCUUUUCUACCUUCUACUUCACAGCUCAGCAAAGCUAUGGAAUGGCUGGCAGACGUCGUACUAUUAAGUGAUCCAGAACGCGAGUUUGAACUGCUAUCUAAAAAUCUCAAUAGGGAGAAAACCCAAAAUGAGCCUCUACCAAGCCCUCGGAUUCUACAAGAAAUCAAGAAAACUCGUGCAGAGUUUGUGGGGGGCACAGAUUUCCGAAUUUUCACCACGUUUGGUGACGAGGACCACCGUAGAAUAGUUCUGCCAUAUGAUAUGUAUGAACGCAUAUAUGGCCAAAACGACCCAUGGGGCCCGUCGCCAUAUUUUAUGCCGGUGCAUAGAGCCUGUAUCGAUUUGGCCGAGACCAUUAUGUGCCGCUGUCACAACAUUGUAGUUCGCGACCUGCGUACCCUGUGGAAAGUCUUGCGCAUGCGAAUGGUUGCUAGUCUGACCUUCAGCCAUACUGCCAAUCAAGUUCAUAGAACUUGGCCGACCGACAGAAUCCAACUACCUCACGGUUACUAUAUACCCUCACAGCCCUAUAUUUUCGAUAUCGACCCUUUAGGCCAGGGCGAGUGGUGGGAGGCCAACCCUCUGGCCAUACCAAAAUUAACUUCCACAGUCCUUGACAACCUGCAGAGCCUACCAACUGCGCGGCCAGCAACCGCACAGACCAUUACAUUUCACAAAGCUCUCGUAGCGUUGCCAAAUGAGCUACAGGUUCUUAUUCGGUCCUACAUAGUAUCAGAGAACGGGAUUCCCAGCCGAUGCAACGGGCUCCUACCCCAGUGGAUGUGGCGUGAAAUGCUAUUAGGGGGUGAAAUCGUACCAUUCCUUUACGACAUCGACGUCACUACCGUGAAGGAAUUCUAUGCGCAAUGGCGACGUGUUAAUGGCGACCAAGAACCCAACUGGGAACUCCUCGUCCGUAAGCUUAGCCAGGUGGCCUGGCGGAUGUGGGACGUGGAAGGCAGCGCGUUGAAAAUACCUAACGGGCUACGAAAUCGCAGACGCAUCUGGAAACUGGUCGGAGAGAUGUACGUGAACGACCUGGCCCACACGCAACCCAAGUACGCCCCGUGGAUACCAGAGUUUUGGGACCGAAAAGGGAGGCCACUGUACCUUAGGUGAUAUGUUUAGGAAUAGUUGAAACUAUUGUUUCUAUGUUACAGUUCUGUAGUUCUUUGGACGGUCGGGCUUUCCCUUGCAUUGUGGAUGAUAUUUGAUCGUAAGAUAGAUUAGGUAGCCUUGAUUCUAUGGCUAGGGUAGCAUUAGUACUCGAAGUAGGUACAGGGAUGUUAUCGAUGUUCGAUCUAAGCCGGAUCGCAAAACUUUUUAACUUUCACAGGGAACGACAUCACAAUUAGGGAAAUAAAAACUAAAAAUACCACGUUGAAAAACUGAUUUUCUUAUAGUAUCUAUAGUAAGACGUCCCAGAUAUGGAAGUUGUGGAUGCGGAAGUUCUAGAAUGAUGAUAUUUAAAGCUUAGUUUGACUACAGUUUAUAAUGUACCCACAA